GGCUUUCCGUCCCAGAUGACCAUCCCCUCUGCCAUUCCAUUCCUACGUUGACACAUUCAGAGCUAGCCGAGCUAGCUAGGCAGCAACAGUUCAACUAGGCAGAGGUAAAACAGGGUGUGUUUCACACAAAUGGCUCAACAUUUACAAUGAAGAAAAUUAAAUCACCUAUAUCUUGACGACCACUGCGUGCUCAAUGACGGUCUGCCGCGGUCUCAGCGAUUGACAUGGACUCUUGUGAUAAGGAUGUGAAACUGUCAGCCGAAGUGGAGCCGUUUAUCCCACAAAAGAAAGGUCUGGAAGGAGCGCCGGUCACCAUGAGCUUGUCUGGAGGAGGAGAAGGAGGAGGGGGGGUAGAGCCCACCCCAAUCCCCAGCUACCUCAUCACCUGCUACCCUUUUGUCCAGGAGAACCAACCCAACAGACAACAGCACCCCAUGUAUAGCGGAGGAGGGGACCUGCGCUGGCAGCAGCCCAACCCCAGCCCAGGUGGUCCUUACCUAGCUUACCCCAUCCUGUCCUCCCCCCAGCCUCCAGUCUCCAACGACUACACCUACUACCAGAUCAUGCCUGCACCCUGCCCCCCCAUGAUGGGCUUUUACCAGCCCUUCCCAGGAACGUACGCCGGGCCCCUGCAGCCUGGCGUGGUAAACCCUAUAUCAGCUGACGUCAGCGAGAGACCGGCCCCUCUCGGACAGGCGUUUGGACUAGCUAAUCAGAGAGGUGGGAGGGGCAUGGUCAGACCUGCCGUUCUACCCAAGUCUAUGUUCUAUCAGCAGCAGCAGGUGGGGUUGUGUCAGUCCCUGAGGGCCAGAAGGCCCCCCAUGAGGACUGUAGCUGUCCAGAAGGAGGUGUGUUCCUCGGGGCCAGAUGGACGGACCAAGACAGUCCUACUGGUGGACGCUGCCCAACAGACUGACUUCCCAGGGGACAAUGCGUGUGGUCGUGGUGCGUCGGAACAGGAGCGGGCCAGCCCCCUGCUGUGGAAGAACCUUCCCCGGAGAAGGCGGGCCUCGCACCCUGCCGAGAGCUCCAGCGAGGCGGACAUCGACAGCGACAGCGGAUACUGCAGCCCCAAACACAACCAGCAGGCCCCGGGGGUUACGCAACACACUGCCCACGCUGCUAUAGGUCCUACGGUAGGCCCUAACUCUAACCUGGUGGUAGACCCAACACUAUACUGCUGUUUAGUACUGUGGUGUCCAACACAACGAUCAGGCCCUGGGGGUUACGCAACACACUGCCCACGCUGCUAUAGCUCCUACGGUAGGCCCUUCUCUGUCUCUCUCUCUGAUUCUCUCUGUCUCUGUCCUUUAAUGACCUCUUGUCUGUGUCCUGUAUUACCUUUGUCUCUCUCUCUCUCUCUCUCUGCGUGUGUAGCGGUAAGCUGGGUGAACGUAGCGUCUCAGGCCUCUCAGAGGCCGUGGUCAGACAACAGGACCACCCCGUUCCAACGGACAGGGAAGACCCCUGAUCAGAGGAACUACUCGCAGCAGGACUUCCAUGCAGGGUACUCAGGGGGGCGUGUCUGUUCUAACCCCACCCCCGCAGACAGUAGCGGUGGUCUGCAGCAGAGGCGGCUCCAGCCCGGACUGGGCCCUGGGACGGUGCUUGCUCCUGAGCCACUCUACUUUGAGGAUGAGGAUGAGUUUCCAGAGCUGGUCUCAGGAGGGGCACAGAGGAACAUCAAACCAGACCCUAACCCUAACCCUUCCCAGAACCAACACCAGACCAAACUAACCAAGAACCUGCUGGAUAACCUUCCAGAGAACUCUCCCAUCAACAUCGUCCAGACCCCCAUCCCCAUCACCACCUCCGUCCCCAAGAGGGCCAAGAGUCAGAGGAAGAAGGCCCUGGCCGCUGCCCUGGCUACAGCGCAGGAGUACUCUGAGAUCAGCAUGGAGCAGAGGAAACUACAGGAGGCACUGACCAAAGCAGCAGGGAAGAAGAGUAAGACUCCAGUCCAGUUGGACCUGGGAGACAUGCUGGCUGCUCUGGAGAAACAGCAGCAGGCCAUGAAGGCUAGACAAAUAACCAAUACUAAACCACUGUCCUUCACAGUGGGUACAGCAGCCCCGUUCCAUGGUUCAGGGCCAGGUGCCGGGUCGGGAGCAGGGUCAGGUAUAGUAUCAAUGUUGAAGUCCCAGCAGGCCCACUCUGCCCCCCUCAACAUGCUGGACUCCAGCGCUCCACGCCUGAAGAGAGGGAAGGAGAGAGAGAUCCCUAAAGUCAAACGACCCACCGCCCUGAAGAAGAUCAUUCUGAAGGAGCGUGAGGGAAAGAGGGGGAAGGGGGGUGUGGAUCAGAUUGCUGCCAGCCAGGAAGAACAGGGAGAGGAGGAGCUACACUUCACUGACGACCUCACACGGGAACCUGCCUCUCAGGAGGAGAACGGUCUGAGCGUGCCCAGUGAUGACGCGUCCCUGUCCCCGGCCAGUCAGAACUCUCCGUACAGCAUCACGCCUGUUUCCCAGGGUUCCCCUGGCUCCUCUGGCAUCGGCAGCCCCAUGGCCUCUAACGCCAUUACCAAGAUACACAGCCGCCGCUUCAGAGAGUACUGUAACCAGGUGUUGAAUAAGGAGAUAGAUGAGAGUGUGACGAUGCUGCUGCAGGAACUGGUCCGGUUCCAGGAGAGGGUUUAUCAGAAGGACCCCAGCAAAGCCAAGACCAAACGCAGACUGGUCAUGGGCCUUAGAGAGGUCACCAAACACAUGAAGCUCCACAAGAUCAAGUGUGUCCUCAUCUCACCCAACUGUGAGAAGAUCCAGGCCAAAGGGGGUCUAGAUGAGGCUCUGUACAACGUCAUAGCCAUGGCCAGAGAACAGGAGAUCCCGUUUGUGUUUGCUCUGGGUAGGAAGGCUCUGGGACGCUGUGUCAACAAACUGGUGCCUGUCAGUGUGGUGGGCGUCUUCAACUUCUCUGGAGCAGAGGGUCUGUUUAACCGGUUAGUGUCUCUGACGGAGGAUGCUCGUAAGUCCUACAAGGACAUGGUGUCAGCGCUGGAGCAGGAGCAGGCUGAGGAGGCGCUGAAGAAUGUCAAGAAGGUCACCCACCACAUGGGCCACUCCAGGAACCCCUCCGCUGCCUCCGCUAUCUCCUUCUGCUCCGUCAUCUCUGAACCCAUCUCUGAGGUCAACGAGAAGGAGUACGAGACCAACUGGAGGAGUAUGGUGGAAUCGUCAGAUGGGCUGGAGCCUGUGGAGGCUAAACCCAGCCAUCCUGCUACUUCCUCUGGGUUGCAGAGAGACAACCAGCCCCCCUCCACCACCACCAACCGCAGCCCUUACUCCACUACCCUCCAGCUCAGAGCAGCCGUCCCUGCUCCAGGCUCAGGCCCGGGGGAGAGAGAGGAGGGCCGGGCAGACGACCGGUUGGAGCUGGCCUCCCAGCAGAGCACGGAGACAGGCAGUUUGGAUGGGAGCUGCAGGGACCUCCUCAACUCCUCCAUCACCUCCACCACCUCCACCCUGGUCCCCGGUAUGCUGGAGGAGGCAGAGGAAGAGGAGGAGGAGGAGGAAGAGUACACACCAGAGCCCAUCUCUGUGGAGGUGCCUGCGGUCAUCAGCCGUAUUGAGUCCUGGGUGUCUAAGACGCUGGAGAACCUUCAGCUGGGGAAGAGCCAGGACAGCACAGAGGAAGAGGAGGAAGAGGAGGAGGGAGUGCAGAGUGAGGAGGAAGAGGAGUUGGAUUCUGCUGAUGUCACAGAGACUGGGCUGGAGAAGAUGGAGGCCAAUAAUAUCACUGGCUGAUUAGACCUCAUUCAUCCCUCUCUUUCUCUUUGUUUCUCGCUAAAUUCGCUCUGUGUACACUCUGUCGCUCCAUCUGUGUACACUCUGUCGCUCCAUCUGUGUACACUCUGUCGCUCCAUCUGUGUACACUCUGUCGCUCCAUCUGUGUACACUCUGUCGCUCCAUCUGUGUACACUCUGUCGCUCCAUCUGUGUACACUCUGUCGCUCCAUCUGUGUACACUCUGUCGCUCCAUCUGUGUACACUCUGUCGCUCCAUCUGUGUACACUCUGUCGCUCCAUCUGUGUACACUCUGUCGCUCCAUCUGUGUACACUCCGUCACUUGUCUUCCUCAUCCCGCCUUCACACCUGUUCCCCUAACCUGCACUCUUUCAUCUCUAUCACCCCCCUCCCUCUUUCUCACAGUUGAACCAGCAACUCUCCUCUUCUCUCUGUCUGUAACUUUGGACUUCAGACAUUAUCUCAGGAAUCAGACCAUACACACACACACACAGACACACACACACACACACACACACACAGGCAGUCCACACACACACAGAUAGGCAGUCACACACACAGACCAACCUGCAAACUACAGACAACAGUAUCUCUCCUGGUCUCUCUGAUGGAUAGACUCCUCUGUUCCUCUCAUCCUCCUCUCACUGAUGUGGACCUGGAACAACUGCCUCAGCUAAACUGGUCUGGUCGGUCUGGCAUCGACUGGUCUGGUCUGACAUGGAAUGGGCUUGACUGGUCUGGCUAAGGGAAGCCCUGGUUCCCUUCCCACCACUCCAGGUUUCCCCAGGAUAGGAAGAGGCUGUGAGGAGAGGCUUCCCCUCUGUCUGUAUGACACAGAGCCCUCCAGAUGAUAGACCUGUGACUGCUGACUACAGACUAACUAGAAGAGAAGUCUCCCUCUGUCUGUAUGACACAGAGCCCUCCAGAUGAUAGACCUGUGACUGCUGACUACAGACUAACUAGAAGAGAAGUCUCCCUCUGUCUGUAUGACACAGAGCCCUCCAGAUGAUAGACCUGUGACUGCUGACUACAGACUAACUAGAAGAGAAGUCUCCCUCUGUCUGUAUGACACAGAGCCCUCCAGAUGAUAGACCUGUGACUGCUGACUACAGACUAACUAGAAGAGAAGUCUCCCUCUGUCUGUAUGACACAGAGCCCUCCAGAUGAUAGACCUGUGACUGCUGACUACAGACUAACUAGAAGAGAAGUCUCCCUCUGUCUGUAUGACACAGAGCCCUCCAGAUGAUAGACCUGUGACUGCUGACUACAGACUAACUAGAAGAGAAGUCUCCUCUGUCAUCCCUGGGUUAUUCAUAGUGGAGGUCUGGUGGUUCAGUCCAAGCAGAAGGUUGCUGAGCCCCUGCAGGGCUGAGAGUUUACAGCUAGACGUGUGUGUGUCUCUGUCCCAUCAUCAAGACUUAUGUUACAUUGUUGUCAUCCUUCCCAUGUUUCUCUGUCUCCCAAAACCAAUCGAAAACCUUGUUAGGAUUACAAAAUUCCCCACUUUUCCAGGAAUCCCGGUUGGAAGGUCCACAGAAUCUGUUGGGAAUAAGCAGAAAAUACAUAAUCCUCCAACCUUGGAAUUUUGGGAAAGUUGCUGUAAUUUGCAAACCUACACGAUGUGUUUCUGACAUUAACCAUCACAGUAAUCAUGUAUUAUUUUCACUGGGUGUGAUUUUAAAGGGGCAUAUCACCACUUUUUAACCUCAUAGUCAUUAUCUCCAGGACCAAACCAAUGUCUACUAAUGUGAAAAUGGCGUGUUAAAAAAGAAUGGCGUGUCCCUUGAAAACAUGAAUGAUAUGACAUGUCACAUGACAUAUACUAACAGUAACUGAAGCCAGAACAAAUGUCUGAUGUACAUAACCUGUAUAGCUGUUUCUGAGACUCUUUAACCUGUAAUAUUGAUGAUUAUAUUGACAAGUGUUCAUCUGUUUGGGGUUGUUUUCUGAGUGGAUUGUUUGUUGUUGCUAGCUGACUUCUGUGUUUUACUAUAGCCUCUGGUUCCAUUUGGUUUAGGUCCCAGUCCACUGACCGGUGGCAGUGUGGGCGUGUUUGUUGGGGUGGGCAGGUAAAUGUACUGUAACUAGCUAUUAUCAGAGACUGUUUGGGUUUGAAGCUGACAGGUAGUCCAACUUGACCCAGGACAUGUGGACUCACUGGUCAAAGGGAGGAGGGGUCAAAGGGAGGAGCCACCACAGGAGCCUCUGAAUAUUCAUGAAGUAAUUAUCCACCUCACCAGUUAUAACCAUGUAAAUAAAAUGUGAACAAUUAAAAUGUUUGAACUACAGUGUAUUAAACACCCCAAUCACCUUUUUCUUAAAGCCAUUUGAUAUAAAACAUCUGAAUAAGUUGAUGUAAUUUGAUGGGAAAUGAUAGAAAUCAAGUCAUGUAUUAUUAGAUGGAGGAGGAUGCCAUGUAUAGGAGUGGCAUGCUGGGUCAUAUGCAAUAUGAAGGAAGGAGGGGUGAGAGGGAGUUGUGUAAUAAAUAGACACAGUCAGGAGUUGGGUCAAUUCAUUUUCAAUUCAGGAAGUGAAUUGAAAUUCAACUGAUGAAAAAUGUAAUUGAGAAAAAAAACGCAUGUCAAUUGAAAACUGACUGUUUUCUAUGAGGAUUUUCUGAAUGAGUUGAAUUGAGCCCUUCCCUGAUACAAGUGAUCACGACGGUGUGUCUAGUACUAAAAUGUACACUGGCUGUGUGCAGGUUUCUCAGUAACUAACUCUCAUCAGUGUGUUUUGGAGCCAUGACAACCAGUGUGUCCUUUGCACUAUGUAAAUACCAUAAUACUUGUAACAACCACCUGGUAACUAAUGUCAAAACAAAAUGGUUGAAUGAAGUAGCUUUUCUUUUCCCAGUGUGUCCCUGGUCUUUCUAUGUCUCUCUUACUGACUGUACAGCAACAGCAACAUGUAGAGGCUUUUCUCAUAACAUUACUGUUCUCUCCAUCUGGACUGAAUGUCAUUCAAAUGUUCUUUCAGUAAACUACAUACACUCCUGUC